AUGUCAGAAGCCCCUAGUCUGGGCGUAAUUCGAGACAUCACCCAGCAGCGCUUUGGAAAACGGCCAUGCCUUUGGCAGAUCAAAAUCACACAAGCAUUCAUUGAAGCUAACCGUGACAUUGUGUGCAUUGCCGGUACAUCAAUGGGGAAGACUAUGACAUUUUGGAUGCCUUUACUAUUCAAACCCGGCCUUCAAAUUAUCGUGACUCCAUUGAACCAGCUCGGGAGACAGAACGUUUCGUCACUGGCAAAAGCAGGCUUGCUAAGUAUAUCGAUAAGCUCAGAGACAGCUAGCUGGGCCAAUUUUCAUGACAUCGAAGAUAUGAAGUAUAGGGCCGUCAUCGUUAGUCCAGAGCAGCUUAUGAAGCCUGGAGGGGAAUUUGAGAAACUGCUGCGCAAACCGCUUUUUGCGCAGCAGAUUAUUGGCAUGGUAUUUGAUGAAGCACAUUGUAUCGCAACCUGGGGUGAAUUCCGUCCUGAAUACAAGGAAUUAGAACGUCUCCGUUAUAUCCUGCCUUGCUACGUCCCUUUCAUGCUCGCAUCCGCAACGCUCACAGUGGACAAUCUCGCACACGUGAAGCGGCUACUCCACAUAUGCUCAAACAAACUCCUCACGAUUCAAACUUCUGUCGAUCGUGCAAAUAUCAAACUCUGCGUCCGUAAAAUCAUGUACUCACUUUCAUCAUAUCAAGACCUCUUGUUUUUAAUACCUGAUGGCUGGAAGGACAGUGACCCAGCACCUCCAAAGUUUCUCAUCUUCUUUGACGACAUUCAAGACUCUAUAGCGGCGGCAAAAACAAUACAGAAACGACUCCCAUCAGCACUGCGUCACAGGAUAAAGUGGUUUAACUCUGACAUGACAACACGAUUCAAAGAAGACGAGGUGGACCGCUUGAUAUCUGGAGAGACUUGGGGGCUUUGCACCACAGAAUCAUUCGGAAUGGGAAUGGACGUACCAGAUAUAUUACUUGUCAUCCAGUGGAAAGCGACAUGCAAGUUGGCCACUCUUUGGCAACGAUGGGGACAUGCUGUCAGGGAUCGCAGACUCCAAGGCACAGCCAUAUUAUUUGCUGAAAGAGAGUAUUUCGACGAUGUGCGGGAAGAAAAGCGCUGGCGGCAAGAGACGAAAAAACGCAAAGCAGGCGAGAACAGAGAACGUACGGCUACAAGACAGCGUACCCAGCUACAUCCUGUAAGCAGGCAGGAUGAUGUACAUGAGUGGGAGAAUGAUAUUCCUGGGGACGAUAGUGACGGUGACAAAGCGGAGGUAGGUGAUCAAGAGCUAAGAGGGCAGUUGCAGUCAAAGUUGGAGGGAAAGCCAGGUGGUUCACGGAAGAAGAGGGAAUUAGAUCCUGCGAUGGACUGCUUGAUUAAUGCUCACCUGCGAGGUACAAUUCAUUGUCGACGCAAGGUCCUCCAUGUUCACUUCAAUGACUCAUUGGCUGAUCCAGACCAUGUUACAUGUGACCCAUCAAAUUCCGACGGCUGCACCUGUUGCGCACCACUCACAUCAAGUGUCUGUUGCGACAUCCAUAAUCCCGACUCUCUCUCACAUAACAAUAUAUCUUUACCUUCCAAAAUCGCCCACCGUUCACGCACUGUCAAGUACGAGAUGGGGCCACGGGAAUUUGAGCUCCGUGAUGCUCUGGAAGAAUGGCGAGAAUUAAUAACUAGGAGAGUAUACGGUGAUUCGGCGCUCAACGACUAUGGUCCUGGUGUGACAAUGCCGGACUCAGCAUUGGACCGUAUUGUCGACUGUGCUCACCACCAUAAAAUUUCUACUACCGAUGACCUACGUAAGGAAACAAAGUGGUCUGCAGCGGACCGCUUUGGUAGUGAUGUCAUAGCUAUCAUUCAGCGCAUCAUACCAGUUCCCGUGCUCAUACCUGUUUUCACUACUGCCACGCGUCCACGACAAAAUCUCCCAUCUACUUCUCAAUCCAAUCAACCGGUCGUCGCUCGAAAACAACCCAGAUGUAGCACGUGUGGUGUUACAAUAACAUUUAAAGAGGCCCCUAUACUCAUUUUCCUCUUACCUCUUAAACGGGCCGUCCGUACCACGCUUAUCUCUUAUCAUGCCUAUCUCUUAUCUUGA